AUGGCCACUUCAGAACCACAACCCUUCACCAUAUCCGUUCCGGACGCUGACCUCGCCCUCUUGCACGAGAAGUUGGAUCUGACGCGCUUCCCUGACGAGCUGGACGACGCGGCAUGGAACUACGGCGUGCCGCUUGCGAAUGUUAAGCGGCUCAUCGCGCGGUGGAAAGACGGGUAUGACUGGCGCGCUGCGGAGGCUGGCAUCAACGAGAUCCCUCAGUUCACUCGAGACGUCGAAGUGGAGGGCUUUGGUACGCUGAACGUGCAUUACGUCCAUAAGAAGAGCGAAGUGAAGGACGCGAUUCCACUAGUAUUCGUGCAUGGAUGGCCUGGCCACUUCCUUGAAGUCAAGAAGCUGCUCCCCUUGUUGACGUCUGCGUCGCCAGAUCACCCAAAUUUCCAUGUUGUUGCCCCUAGUCUGCCGAAUUUUGGCUUCUCUGAAAUUGUCAAGAAACAGGGAUUCACAGUUGCUCAAUACGCAGAGACGUGUCACAAACUCAUGCUCGCUCUGGGCUACUCUGAAUAUGUGGUUCAGGGGGGAGAUUGGGGUUCCUAUAUCACGAGAACAAUGGCAGCCAUGUAUGGCGAUCAGAUCGUGAAAGCAUGGCAUACAAACUACGCCGCUGUGGUCAGCCCACCGUCGUUCUCGAGCUUUCCUCGGCUCUGGCUUCAGCACCUGCUUACACCGUAUACCGAGGUUGAACGGGCAUGCUUGAAGCGCAUCCAAUUAUUUAUGCAGAAAGGACGGGGCUACAGCGCUGAACAGAAUACGCAGCCGCAGACAAUCGGGUAUUCACUCGCGGACUCGCCGGCGGGCUUGCUCGCGUGGAUAUACGAGAAGCUCGUGCUCUGGUCGGAUGGUUAUCCUUGGGAUGACGACGAGGUCCUGACGUGGAUCUCAAUCUACUGGUUCUCUCGAGCGGGCCCUGCCGCCUCUGCGAGGAUAUACUACGAACAAGCGAAAGUAAGAGAAGAUCCAAACCAUAGCGUUCCUUGGUGCGCUGCUCCGGGUGGUGUAUCCUUCUUCCCCAAGGAGCUUAUCCGUCCACCAAAGACGUAUUCUGAACAUGGGAACGGAGGACAUUUUGCUGCACACGAGAAGCCCGAUGAACUUGGGGCGGACUUGCGCGCGAUGUUUGGCAAGGGCGGUCCUGCGUUCGGUGUGGUAGCCGGCAAGGCGGGCUACGACUGA